GCUUGACAACAUACUAAAAAACAGACUGCUUUUGAAAUGCAGAAUGCCGAAGCUGGUCUCUCUGCGCACGUCUCUUCCCGGUCAGCCGAAGAGCCCUGUCUCUGGCCGGCUUUUUGCUUCAGUUUCACGACAGCGACUGGCGCAACUUCGUCAUGGCCUUCUCAAUGAGCCCUGGCUACCCCCAGCUUCAGCUACACCUCUCCCAAUCACAUACUUCUCCCCGGCUUGGGUGCGGAGGGAACACGUGGAAGGCCCUCGGAGAACCGAUCACAAACCGCCAGAUGAAAGAACCUUGAAGCUCGGAAAGACUUUACGAACCCUCUCACCCCUCUUACCGACCAUCUUGUACAACACCUUACCCACCGAAAUUCUCGCCCCGAGUGUGAACCUUCACCUAUUCCCAUCCACACAUCCACACCUCCCCACUGUCAAAGGACGCACACUCUAUCGCGCAGCACUAUGGACUGUCCCGGUAGCAUGGAGUAGUGUACCAUUAGUCGGCAAUGUGAAAUUGCAAAUCCUCAGCGAAAGGAUCGUACGCGCCGGGACGCUGCUCGACCCCACGCAUCACGGCGCCCACCACGACUGCGGCGAUGAACGCCUGCUGGUACGAUGGAAAACCGAGCCACGAACAGACAGCCGCCCCUUCCAUGGCCCAGCCUCUUCGAAUACCAAUUCUACAGACUCCUCGAAAACUGCCCUAUCCUCACAAAAUAGCCAUCUUUCGGCUUCCACAAAUGGGACCAACAAAGGCUUGAGCGUCCUUCUCGGUGGUGAAGAACCUAUUUUCAAGCUGUCAAAAGAAGAGCAAUUCACCGGUAUCUUUAUCUUCUCUUUCGAUGAGGAGGGUCGCAUCCUGACACAUACUAUCGAGCAUGCCGAUGAAGCAGACGGCUGGGACCGGACUGCUAAGUUCGUGACUCUCACUGACUGGCUCAUUGGCAAAGCGCGUGGCUCGUUGGACCCGGCUAUCAAUACUGGACUUGCCAUGGCGACUGGUCAAAAUCAUGGGUUUGCUUCUGGCAGUGGCCGGAGAUCGUGA